UGCGCAACCAUCCGAAUCGUAAAACUUCCUACUCUCCCGGAGAGCGUAAAUGCAUCAUUGCGCGAGCGAGGGAGCAUGAGCAAACUAAAUAAACAGCGGGCCUCCACAAUGUAGGAAUAUGCAUACCCCGUUAUGAGAAGCCAAAGUACAUUUGAAAGAGAUCGAAACACAACAGGAUGGUGGGGAGGCAUUUAUAAGCUAAACCAAGAGGCUUUCUGGCUCAGUUUCACUGGUUAAAGGAGAUUUGGACAUCCAGGAGAAAGAAAAGAACUAAUCAAGAUGGAGAACGUUCUCGAAGACAUUGUGGCCAUGGUGAAGCAGCAUAAAAGAGGGAUCCCCAUAAAAAAACUUAGCAUGUACUAUAACAAGACAUACCAUCGCAACCUAUCAAUAGCCAACCUGGGAUUUAAGUCUAAUGCUGCUCUCUUAGCCUGCUUGGAGAACGACUUGGUUGUAGUGGGAAAUGUGGUUUUUCAUAAGCACUACAAGGACAAUAUUGGGACAGUUGACGCUGAAGCUGCAGGAACUAGUGCGAGUGCUAUAGCUGUGACUGUGGCCUGUGAAUCCGCCAAACUAAAAAAGGAAAAAAAGAAGGUCACGAAGGUGAAAAAUCUAGUGACCAUGAUGACAGAACAUCCGCAAGGGAUUCUUAUGAAGCAUCUGGCAACAGCAUACAGGCUAAAAUUCAACCAUAAACUGAAAGUGACCACUUUGGGCUUCAGUUCAAUUGCUGACAUGGUAGCAACCUUAGACAGGGAUUUGGUAGUGAUAGGGGACCUGGUGAUCCACAAGCGCUACCAAUCUCAAGGUCCACCUGGAGAUGGAAUAUCAGGAACUGAGACCCCUUCAAGUUCAGAUUCGGCUUCAUCAAGUCAGCCCAUUCCUGAUAAACAUCUUCCCACUGGACCUGAGCUCACUGAUGAAUUGGACCAGCAACAACUGCACAAGAGAAUUUUAGAGGUAGCUGGAAAAUACAAACUAACUGAACCAUCCAUGGAUCUACUGGAAGUUUGCUAUUUUCAUCACUAUGACGAAAAGCUUCCCUUUCAACUGUACUUAUCCAUGUAUGACAGUUUGGAAUCACCUUCCUCCAAUAACCUGCCAAUUCCAACUGCUACUGGAGCUGCUGCUUUACAGCAAGACGCUGCAGCCAGUACGAGUAAAAAGAGUGAUGCAGCUCGGAGAGAGUGCAGUUCGAGUGUGUUUCAGGAAGCUUAUAAUGCCCAGGUGAGAGAGGUCCAUCGAGAUAAUGUGCGGGCCAUGGAAGCGGUGGUGGACGAUGAAGUCCAAUGGAAGAGGAAAAGAGAUCUGGAUCCAGACACGGUCAGCAAUCUGAUGGAGGAUGUGAUACGAGAUCUCGCCCGAGAGGGAGAGCUGGUCACCAAAGAAAAGGUGAUCUCAAGGACGUGUAUUUUAAUGCAGCUGACUUCGAAGGAAUUAGAAAGACUCAAUCUUCGUAGUAUUCAGGCCCUGAACGACCUUCACUACUUGGUGAAAGAGAUAACGAUGUACAUACAGUCCACUGAAGCAGUGACGUCCGUCUGCACACUCUAUGAGCUGGGACAGAAUUUGGCCGGUCUCAAAAAUAAGAAACGCUUUGAAGAGCUAAACCUGGGACCUCUUUGCAAACUCCCCAUCAUCCACCGCAUGUUCAAGAUUGACAGCAACACCAAGGAUGAUGAUAUCUUCCAGAUUGAGACAGUAGACAUCUUAAAGCAACUUCGCAAUUACAGGAGAAAGACAAAAGAGCCCAAAGUUGACCUGGCUGAGUUUAUGAAGUACCUAGCUGACCAUUAUAACUGUGAGUCUCCUUACGAGCUGGGUAUCAGGAUACACAGUCUCGGGCUGCCCAUCUCGACAUUAAAUAAAGUGAGUCGUCUUGAGCAUAGUGAAAUGAACGAAAUGAAAGAAGCCAUUCGGAAAGAGCUGGAAGAUGAGACCCGGGAGCAUCUAAUAAAACUCAAGAAGAGCGUCCUUGAGCCAGUAAAAGCCACAAGCUCCGUCUUUGCUGGGAAUUUGGAACUCCGAAGAAAAUACGCCUCCUUGACAGCAGCAGAAGUGGUGCUGGCAGUUUUCACAAAUGCAGAAAAGGUGUUGAGUUCUGGAUUGCAUAAGCAUGUCCGGAAAUUCCUAACAGAAGUGUCCGGCAACAAGCUAGCAACAGCUCUCUUUCAGUUGGCAAUCUGCGGUGGCUCGCUAGCUGUCCCACAGGACCAGGUGGCCAAUGAGAAAACUCCCCAAACCUCUGGAAAAAACGAUCCAAUGGAAGACAGACCUGCCACAUCAAUUCCCAGUGAAGCCAAAGUGAAGCAAUACCUAAAAGAUAGCCUAUCCUCGAUAAACUCAGCCAUCCAUUUGGCUGAUAUUGCCAUCUUAGAGGGGAAGUUGACCAAGCAUUUCCAGGUCAAAGACUUUCAUUCCUUGGGUCAAGGCAGCUUCUUGGGAUUUUUGGCGAAACAUAUUCAGCUACUGCAGGACGUGCUUGGUCCAACUUUGAUUCUGAGAAGUGGUGGCAUAGAAUCUGCAAGAAGUUUUUCCAGACCCACCAAACAGGACAUAUUUGAGUUCAUCAAGCAGUGUGGGCAAACUACUUCUGGUAGUCAAGAUGAACUGUCCCACAUUGAGUUGGCACUGCGGUCCCAUUAUGGAGUGCAGGAUAGUCGCAACUUGGGCUAUGGCUCGCUACAGGCACUGGCUAGACUAGUCCAAUGCCAGAAAGACCUCGGUGGAGGAGAACCGAGUCUGGUCUUUUAUGAGUCUACAUUGUUUGCUCGGCAUCCCAUUUUAAGUGCCGAAAGUGAGUGCGAAGCAGUGGGGCGGCUUGGGGAGGUUUCAAAGCUCCAGGCAUUGGCCAGUUUGCAUUCUUGUCCUCUGUUAGAGGAUUUAAGUGAAUGGAGUCAAUGGGAGCUUAUAUUCAAACCUUUCCAUGGCUCCCUCAAAGAUUUUAUUGAAAGAAAUGCAGCAAAUACAGGCUUGGCAGCGUUGGAGGUGGCGCCAAGUUUGUUGCUCAGAAUCACUUCCGACACAGGAGACAAGUAUUUCUCCAAUGCGGCCAUGACCCUUGACCCCGUGGGGACAGCUGGUCACCUCGUGUCCAUUGUUGUAGCCGAUGGAAUCACAAAUGCUCCCACGGCCCUCCUGGCUAAUCAUAUGCAGAGUUCCCUGGCGGCGGCUGUGGCUGAAGAAGAUCUGUCUCGAGCUGAAGAGGACAUGUCAUGUUACAGUACAGUGGCAAAUUUCCUUUUGGAGUGUUUGGUUCGAAUUCCGAAUAGAAUCUGUCAGGCUCUUUUGCAGCAGGUGUUUUUAGAGCCUUUGUCCAGAGUCUUGGGCCAAACAAAGUCAAAACUGGUCCUAAUCACUGUGGCCCAGUCAAACCCGAGGCACAUAAACUGUUUGCAUCGACUUGGAAUCCUUCUGGGCAUCACAGAGUGGUUGAAGCACUACCAAAAAAAGAUGACAACAUUGCAGAUCCAAAAUGGCGCCUCAAACUCAGGACCUUUACAUCAGCCCAAAGUCCAAACACAGUCUCAUGUGGUGGAUUCUGAGAGCAGCACUCUGUCAGGUGAGAACAUGAGUGACGAUGAGGGUGUUGAAGACAACAACGCAACAGACAGCGGUUUAUCCUCCAGUCCUCUCAACCACGGACUUCAACAAGAAGGAGAAGAUCUAGCGGAGGAAGAAUCGGCCGAAGAAGAACUGUUUGUCGAGAUGUCGGACAACUGCAGCGAAGCCCAAGCCAUGUGCAGCAAUCCGUCAGAACUUCUGGAUUUGAAUGAGGACGAGCUGGCCACUUCUCAACCUGAGCCCACUUUAGAUGUUCAAAGGACAAUAAUUGAGGAAAUAAGAAAAAAAGAGUUUGGUAUUGGUGUGGAACUGACAUCUGAAGGUCAAAACCUGAUCCAGGCCCACCAAUACCGGCUUGGCAGAAGUUUGGAUCGCCUCUCGACCGAGCUCUACAGCAAAGACACACAUUUUGUUUUGGAACUCAUUCAGAAUGCAGAUGACAACAAUUACCCAUCAGAUUCUGAUGUUGUUCCAGCCCUGGCUUUUGUGCUUGAGAGGGACUGCAUCACCAUUCUCAACAAUGAAACUGGCUUCCAGGAGGCAAACAUAAAGGCUAUAUGUGAUGUGGGUCAAAGUACCAAGGGCAAACACAAAUAUGGAUAUAUCGGACAAAAGGGUAUUGGCUUCAAGUCAGUGUUCAAGGUCACAGACCGUCCAGAGAUUCACUCCAAUGGCUUCCAUUUGUUUUUCGACAAGACCUGCGGCCCCAUGGGAUAUAUACUCCCCCACUGGAUGGAUGAUGAGAGGCCCUUGGACCCACAGUUAAAUGACUCCUUUCUUCACAGCAGCUGGACAACUAAGAUCUGCCUUCCUCUGCGCUCUGAGAGCCAUCAGACCCGAAACCUAUUUCAUGAUGUGCACUCUUCCCUACUGCUGUUUCUGCACCGGCUACGUUCGAUCACCAUCUACAAUCAGGCUGAGAACCGCCUUGUAACGAUGACACGUAAAGACCUGAGUCAUAAUGUACUUGAGGUAGAGCACACAGAUGGUACUGAACGCUGGCUAGUCGUCAAAACUACACUGCGGCCCAACAUGCUCAAAGAGAAUGUUGAAUCAACUGAGCUUGCCCUCGCCUUCCAACUCAACUGUGACAACUCGGGAAGUGACUAUAUAGGCCAACCGCCGAAACAGCCCGUCUUCGCCUACCUGCCUCUUCGCAGCUUUGGCUUCCGAUUCAUCGUACAAGGUGACUUUGACAUCCCUUCUUCUCGAGAGGACGUUGACAGAGACAGCACAUGGAAUCAAUGGCUCCGAUCGGAGAUACCACAACUCUUCCUUCAGGCCAUGAAAGUCUUCAAUGAUCACCCAGAGUUCACAGGCCUUAGGGGGCUCUGCCAGUUCCUGCAGUUUAUCCCCCUGCCUGACGAGGUUAUGGACUUCUUUAAGCCCGUUGCCGGUCAGAUUAUCCAGUUGCUCAAGGGCAAGGCUUUCCUGCCUACACUCAGCUCAGACGGUCAGGUUGUGUACAAGCUACCAUCCCAAGUGGCGGUGUGUAAGGAUGCCGUGAUUCGCAAGGUUAUCAGCCAAGAGGAGCUGGAAAAGCAUCUUUUGCUGUCAUAUCUCCACCCCGGUCUAAGCCCCGCCCCUCCCGCCUCUCUCCUAUCCCACCUGGGUGUUCGGCACCUCAGGGGCUCCGAUGUAACCACGGUAACCACAGCCAUGGCCAAGGAGCUGAUGAAAGAAGAGACGAUCCACACAGAUGCUGGCCUGCGUCAGUUGGCCAGACUUCUUGUUUGCAACUUCAGAGCCGUGGAACACGGUUAUGGAGACGGGGACUCAAUUUUGCAGACGCUUAGGACUUUACCUAUAAUCCCUCUGGCUGACGGACGCGUGGUGGCACUGGAUGGAGAUGGUGUGUUCUUCCCAUUGGAACAAAGCAAGGAGAAGAAAAAGAAAACCCAAGCCCAAACUGGACACUUGUCUGCAUUGUACGAGGACGUCAACAUAGUUCACCCAUCUCUGAUGAGCUGCAUGGAACCUUUGGAAAGUCAGCAGGUGCGAGAGCUGCUGAAGAGACUGGGAGUUCAUCAACUUGAGCCUCAAGAGCUGCUGGAGCAGCACAUCUACCCUGCAUUGCAACAUGAAAAGUGGAAGUCAAAGUCAGAGGCGGUGGUUGUGAGUUACCUGGUUUUCAUCAAGCAGCACUCCAUCUCCAGCCAAGAGUAUGCAGACAUUGCAUUACCAGUCCUCACCAACAGGGGUCUGCUUUGCCCGGAGCAAAGCGGGGUACACUUCUCCGAAGCAUAUGGCAACAUGGACCUGUCAAAGACACUGCCCGGCUUCGACUGGAUCCUCCUGAGUCCCAAAUACUUGGAGGCAGACAAUGAUCUGGCAGGUUGGAGACAACUGUUCAGCAGACUGGGUGUCAGUGAUGGUCUCAUCAUCCGAAAAGAGAGACAGACGCUCACCCCUAAAGAACUGAAUUCCAGUCCAUGGUCGGUGGAAAGCGCAAUGUGGCAACAAACUCCCGGGGAGAACUGUGUACUUGACGACUACCCAUGCGAGGAGUUUCAUUCCCUGGCCACAGCCCAGCUGACUGCCCACUGCCUUCUGGCACAGAGAAAGGCUUUGCUAAAUCUGCUGGCGACCAACUGGAACACAGGGCAUCGCUACUCUCAGUACCUCACCGCUCAGGUGCUGGACAGAGACGCUCGGCCCAUCAGAACGACCAAGUCUUCCUUCUACCACUUCCUGUGUCAUCUCAAAUGGAUGCCAGCCUUUCGCCCACAGGAAGGCGAAAAGACAGAGAUGACGUACCUCUGUCCGAACGCAGUCUACUUGAAUGCACCGGAAAUCAACAACCUGCUUGGGACACACGUCUAUUAUGUGAACAUGGAGCCAAGCGAGUUCACCAAAUCCCUGGGAAUAAGGCAGAAUGUAUCAGUGGAGAAUCUGAUUGCCUAUCUCAAGAAGUGGUGUAUCAAACCGGCAGCAGACAAACAAGAAUUCCUUGAUGAGGUGUCAGAUGGGGCACAUUUCACUUCCACCGUUCAGCACAUCCAUAACAUAUACUCCUACCUGUACACCAACUGCCCCCAGAGCAGUCUGAAGGAGCUCUUCCAGCAUAAUCCGGCUGUAUUCAUCCAAUUGGAAAACCGCAGUAAUGACUGGUGUUCGGGACGCUUCUACCACCUGAGGGAGGUGUGCUGGAGUGACCCCACUCACAUGUUCCAGCGCUACAGAAUGCUGAUCCGUGGAACGGAGAACCCCAUGGAGGAGCCCAAAGUCUUGGCUCCUUUUUAUAGCAAACUGGAAGGCAUGAAAGACUUCUUUGUCAGACUCCUGAAUGUGGAUGGCAGCCCCAACAUGCGGCAAUAUGUCGCCGUUUUGGAAAUCAUCGCCUCAUCAUCUCCCAUCCCGACCGCUGAAGUGCUUCAGGAUGUGUCAGUGCUCUACGCCACGCUUGCUGACAAGUGUAAAAUUCAAGUGUCUGGCGAACAAGAGGAGGGUCCUCACUCCAUGCUUGAUGGCAAUUACUCCUCCACUUUGAAAGGUAUGGUGUCUGACAAGAGGGUCUUCCCCACCAAGGAUAAGAGCUGGGUGAGCCUGGCACGUAAACCCAUGAUAGCGGACAAUAAAGAGCUGGAGAAGAUUUUUAAACCUCGCAAGGAAGUCUGCCUCCUGGAUCUGCCACCAGCAGAGAAGAAAACAGCACCAAGGAAAAAUGCGGCCCUCUCUGGGAGAACGGCGCCAGGUGAACCAGCCAUCCCGGCCUUCAACGAGAAUGACAGAUUGGCAUUCAUGAACAUCUGCGGUAUCCGUCUGCUAUCUAAGUGUGUCAAGAUGGAGUCGCUCACUGAGAGCUGGAGGCCCUGUCCACCCAUGCAAGCCAUGGUGCGAUCACUGAUCCCCCAUGUGCAGAAGUUCCUCUACCACCAUGAGGAGCUGGCGGAUAUUUAUUCGGAACUGAUUGAGGAUCACAUCGCAGAAAAGAUCAAGAGGCUUAAAUUUGCACAAGUGGGCAAACUGUAUAUCCGCUACCAGCUGGAUUUGGAUGACUACGAGGACGCUGUUGUGGAGUUGACAGAUGUCAUCUGUCUGUUGAAGGAUAAGAAGGAAUUGUGCAUCCAAAAAGAUCAUCUCACAGCCAAGCUGGACAUCUGCAGGGAGCUGGUGAAACUGUUCUGCGCAGAAAGCGGCCACAGGAAAGAGCUGAUGAAUUUCCUCAGUGGCCUGAUUACGUCCCUCAGUGACCCAGCAGCCCUGAAAAGGUUUUUAAUUAAGGAGGACAUCAGAGAGCUGCCAAGUGAGGAGGAGCAGUGGGAAGUCCCGGAGCCUCCUCGGCCAGAGGUGACCCUGGAAAAAACACCAACCAGAUGUCCCACUUCCACGAAUUCACCAUUAGCGUUAGCUCGCCCUGAGCAACCAGACGGAAAGACGACGUUAAUUUCCUGGCCUCCGCGAGCGCCUGUAGUCAAUACAGGAAGCCAGUGCUCAGGCCAUGCCGAUGAAGCAGCAGUCGAAGCCGCUUUGAAGAUGUGGCCACCUCCUGCCCCGCCCAAGGACAGCGACCCAGAGAAGGACAUCUCCGCAAAAGGCAGCGGCCGUGUUGGUCCACAGAAAUUUGACAACAUCAACACUGAGGGCGAAAAACCAUCAAAGACAACCAACGGCAGACCAGCAGACCAACCGGAACCUCAGAGAACUACUAGCCAUUCUGAUGCCGCUGCUGCUUCUGCUGCUACGGGCACAACCAAACCUCCAGGGUGCCAUCAACCAAGCGAAACAUCGACAUCUGGCCGCACAGAGUGCGGAGAGGAGGCGAAAGAGGAAAGCCUCACUGAUGCCGAAACAGCUCCGAGUGCUCCAUCUGUGCAGCCCAUCGAGGCAGCGGGCGAGCAACCCAUUCCAGACAGCCCUGUUGUGCCACAGGUGGUGGUGCUGCCCAGCGUAUUCAAAGGCUCACAAGCGCCUACAGAGACCCAGAGACUCCUUCGGAACUUGGAUUUUCCCAUGUGGGACAAACUCCCGCAGGUCACACUUGAGGACUUGGACCUCACCUGCCAGAGACCCUCCACGGUGGUGAUGACGGACCACAAGGACUUGAAAGCCAUCGGCGAAUGGGGCGAGCUACUGGUCAACUCCUUCCUUUGCCACUGGAGGGACAGCACGGACCCGGGCCGGCCCACACGGGUCUUCUGGUGCAAUCAGAGCGGCGAGAGCGGGCAGCCGUACGACUUCGAGGUGACCUUCGGGCCCACGGGAGAGGAGCGCGGCGAUGCGGAGGAGGAGGAGGUGCUGUACGUGGAGGUGAAGUCCACCAAGAGGAGAGAGAGGUCGUUCAUCGUGCUGUCGGCCAAUGAGCUGCUUUUCGCGCUGACGAGGAAAGAACGCUACCACAUCUUCCGGGUGUACAACGCAGGGGACGCUCAGAACGUGCGUCUGUGUCGCAUUCAGAACCUGGCGCAACAUCUUCACACCAAGAAGUUGGAAAUUUUUCUCUUCAUGUAAGGGGGCUGUGGGGGGGCUCUUAUUUUGCCUUAGAAAGUUUAAUCCUAUUGCACUGAUUUCAACUUCAAACAUUGACUUUUAUUAUCUGUAUUUGAUGUCUUGUUUUAAUCUGCUGUGUUAUUUUAAUAAUACUGACAAUUGCUCAUGAGAAAGCACUCCUUUUUAGAAAUGUAGCAGUGUUUUAAUGUAUAAUUUUAUGAGAUGUCACUGGGGCACAUUGUUGUUUUAACCAAAUUUGGGUUGCACCUUUUCAAUCUGUACACCUUUGUAGAUAAAAAUCAUUUCCAUGUUACUAAAA